AAAUCAAUGGUCAUGAUUCGUUAAAAUCUAUGCAACAAAUUACAUGCACAAUCUUAGGGGUUAAGCUCUAUGAUUAAGAUAACUAAGACCUAGGGUUCACUCAUCAAGGGUUAGGGUAUAGUAUCAUGCCCACAAAUCCGGUUAAUUGGUGUUUUAAGUGUUUAUUUUAAUAUGAACCUUAAAAUCUUACGAUUUCGAUUUCACCUCAAAAAUUUUUUUUUAGGUAAAAUCACGAUUUUGAUUGCGUUUAUCCACAUAUGGAUGGUGUAUACGGUUUGGACAGUCAUUCGUAUCAUGACAUUGUCGCAAGCAGGAGAGGGUGUCUAAAUCUCUUACAGAGAUCGAGUACAAAUCAAUGCCAUAUGUUCCUUCAGAAACAGUUGGAUUCAACACUUGUUUAUUGAGCUAAGUGUUUCGUGCAUAAUGGCUAUGCGCAUAUAUGGAGAUAACACAAGUGCUAUUUAGAUAGCGAGAAACCCAAUGCUCCAUGACCGAACAAAACACAUAAAUGUGCUAUGUGCACUAUAUUUGUUAGUUGCUAGCGGAAGGAACACAUAGAGACAAGUGACAUCCUGACUAGGGCAAUAUCUUCUUGUCGUUACUAGUACUUAUCUUCCAAAUUGUUGUUAGGUACCCAAGAUAAAUUUGAGGGAUAUCUCUGCCUAAGGACCGGUUGGUGUGCACCUCUGGGUCUGGUAAUGGUGUGGCGCAGCUUGUCAGCCCUGGUACUAUAGUCUGCAAGUGGGAUGAGGCGACGAGGCAUGUGUGCCAUUCGACUAGGGGAUGAUACUCCUGGAUCAUGGGGGGAGGUAAUCUCCGCAGCAGCCAUUCAUUUGCCGGUGAUAGAUGAUCCCAUGGUAGUGGAGCUCUGGGACCGCGAAGCAAUUCUGUGGUGCCUACAAAAGGGUUUUUCGGUGGUGAGUUUUGGGGGGGGGGGGGUGCGCAAGUGGUUAUCAAUAGGCUCAAUCAAGCUCAUGUGCAUGACAGUAGAGCGGGUGCCAUCUUCCAUGAGGUCCUGCGGCGCCUAGCGGAGCAUGUGGGGUUUAGUGUUCGAUUCAUAGGUCGGCGGAAUUUGAGGGAUGAUGUUAAUUAUAACACGUAAAAAAAAUAUUGUCUUCUUUACAUUUCUGUUUGAUCGUUAUAAAUGAUAACUUAAAGGCCUGUUGGUAGAGCUGCGACACUCCCAACAUCAGCAUCGACAAUCAAUCUCACCACGUGAUGUUCGUGAGGUGGCGAAGAGAAGUGCACGACAUAGAUGGAAAAAUUAACUGUCACGUCAUCAAUUUAGUAGUAGAAAAUUAUAGUUGCUUGGUACGUAGGACGAAACUAACAGAAUUAGACACUGAUGACAAACGAUAUAUUGAAUUUUAAAGUGAGUAAGUAAAAUAAAAUGUUAUUC